AUGUCGGACAGAUUCGUGUCUGGCGGCACGAUAGGCGGCAGCGAAGGGGAGAAGACGACGACUUCCGCGGACUCGGCUCCUUCAGCUUCGAGCGGGACGAAGAACGCCGCCCAGUGGGAGGCGGUGGAGAGGGAGCUCGAGGCGGAGCGGAGGCGGCGCGAGGAGCAGCGGAGGAAGGCCGUCGAGGGCGAGGAGAAGAGCCUGUAUGAGAUUCUGCAGGACAACAAAGCUGCUAAGCAGGCGGCCUUUGAGGAGCAGUCCAGGCUGAAGAACCAGUUCCGGGCGCUGGAUGAUGAUGAGAUUGAGUUUCUGGACGAGGUGAGGCAGAAGAAGAGGAAGGAGGAGGAAGAGGUGAAGAGGGUGACUGAGGAAGGUCUCCGGGCUUUCAGGGCGGCGCAGAAGGGGUCUGGGGCUUCUGCUGGGGCUGGGACGGAGAAGGUGGAGGAGCCGGUGAUGGAGGCGGAGAGUUGGGGUGUAGGGAGGAAGAGGAAGAGGUUGAAGGAGAGGGAGGUCAAGGGGUUGAAGAAGAAAGUGAGUGGCGUUGAGGGUCAGAAGGAGGAGGGCCAGGAUGGUUCAGACCAGAAGCACGUUGUCGAUUCGAAACAGAAAGAAGACGAGAAGCCGUCGAUGAAGCCACAAAGUCUCCCUCAAAAGCAAGAGAAGCCUUCGUUGGGCCUGGUAGGAUAUGGGUCUGACAGUGAUGAGGACUAG